GACACCAGCCGUUGUUGACGUGUGUGAGAGCGGUUUUUCUCGGCGAGCCGGUGCAUUGUCUCGGGAGCCAGUGCUUUGCGCGCAGAUAAGAAGCUUCGUCGAAUCUCCUCUUGACAGCCGAUACCAGCAUGGGGAAAGUUCGCACCGACCCGCGCAGCGAGGAGCGCAUUCGACAGAUGGAAAUCGCCCCAGUGUCCAUCGACGAUCUUUCCUCCGAUUUCUAUUCGCUGUCGGCGCUGGUGUUCGCCUUCAUGGCCAUCAUGUUCAAGAUCCGGAUCUACUCUUGGCUCACGUGUCUGCUGAGCUUUGCGUCGUUGGCGAAUCAGCGGUACAGCAGCAUGGAUUCGAAAUCGGUCGUGGCGACCCUGUCAUUGAUCGUGCUCACCUUUAUUUCAACGCACGUGUCCGUGAAGGGACAGCCGGUCAUGGCGCCGAUGCUGCCGUGGCUGCAAAGGGGUUGAAGCGGUUGCAAGGGGAGCGUGAGUUGGAGAAAAACGAAGCAUGAUGCGGACGCCCUGGGCGGGUUUGGCAAAGAGUUUGGUCUGUCUAUUUUGAUAUUGCAGAGGUACACAGUAGAGCAUAUAGAAGAGGCCGAGGUGUGGAAGGUUCGACUGUCUUUGGACUUGAGACACGAUAAAGGAAAGGAAAG